AUGGACCACACAGUAAAUGCUGUGAUGCUGAUUUUGACAGAAACAAGCUGCUUUUGGAGAAUAAAGCAAAAUACAGAAAGUAAUGGCAACAUGUGGAAGGAUUGUUUGUUUAUAGUUGAGGCACCAAAUGAACAUAAGAUAUCCUAUGAUUCAAUGAACCAGCUUUACCGUGUUCCAGUCAAAAAAUUUCAAUAUAUUCUGACAAUGCUUUUUGUCACUGAGGAGAUCAACAGAAGUCCCAAACUUAUACCGAACAUGUCUAUUAAUUUUAAUUUCAGUCCUUCCAAUUGUGAAGAUUCAUGGAUUCUUAUCUCUUCUCUAAAAGAAAAUAAAGAGUAUAUUGUUCCUAAUUAUAACUGUGAAAUAAUGCAUUGUGAUUUAAUAUUGACAGGACCAUCAUGGGCAUCAAGUAGCCUGAUAGGGACAUUGCUGACAACCUAUAAUUUUGGACAGAUUCACUAUGGCCCAUUUCAUCCUAUUCUGAGUGACCAAUUUCAGUACCCUUAUCUGUAUCAGAUUGCCCCCAAGGAAACAAGGCUGCCUUUUGCCAUAGUCUCCUUAAUGCUUCAUUUCAACUGGACCUGGGUGGGGCUGGUAAUCUCUGAUGAUGACCAAGGUAAUCAAUUUCUCUCAGACUUCAGAGAAAAGAUGCAAAGAAAUGAGCUAUGUUUAGCCUUUGUGAAUGUGAUCCCACUAAACAUGAACUUAUAUAAUACACGGGCUGAGAAAUAUUAUAAACAAAUUGUGAUAUCAUUGGCAAAUGUUGUGAUCAUUUAUGGUGAAAUGAAUUCUACACUGGAAGUGAGCUUUAGAAGAUGGGCAUAUUUAGGCAUACGUAGGAUUUGGGUCACCACAUCACAGUGGGAUGUCAUCACAAAUACAGGAAGAGACUUCAUUCUUGACUCAUUCCAUGGUGCUUUCACAUUUUCUCAUCACCUUCAUAAGAUUCCCAACUUUAAAAAAUUUAUUCAGACAAUGAACAAAUCCCAAUAUCCAAUAGACAUUUCUGUGAUGCGAUCAGAAUGGAUGUACUUUAAUUGUUUGGACAUUGAAUCUAAAUGUAGAACACAGAGUAGGUGUUCACCAAACACCGCAUUAGAAUGGUACGCAAGUCAAGGACUUGACAUAGCCAUGAAUGAUGAGAAUUAUAACCUAUACAAUGCUGUGUACGCUUGGGCAUAUGUCUGGCAUGAAAUAUGUUAUCAACAGAUAGAUGGUCAGCCAUUGAGAAAAUAUCACCGUGAGGACUCAGACAGCCAUGAAAAAGCUUCACUUCUGAAGAGCAUCCAAUUUAUUAACCCUGUUGGAGACCUAGUGACUCUUAAUGUGAAAAAAAAUUAUGGUACAGAUUAUGAUAUUUCCCACAUUUCAAAUUUUCCACAAGGUCAUGGAAUAAAGGUGAAAAUAGGACAGUUCUCUUCAUAUGGUUCCCUUGGUCAACAAUUGUAUUUGUCUGAUGAGGCAAUAGCAUGGGCCACAGGGAGUAGGAAGAUUCCCUCCUCUGUGUGUAGUGAGACUUGCAGACUUGGUUUCAGGAAGUUACAACAGAAGGGAAAGGCAGCCUGCUGUUAUGAAUGUUUCCCCUGUGGAGAAAAUGAGAUUUCUAACAAAACGAAUAUGGAUCAAUGUGUGAAGUGUCCAAUCAAUCAGUAUGCCAGCAUACAGAAAAAUCACUGUCUCCAAAAAUCCUUGAUGUUUCUGGCUUAUGAAGACCCCUUGGGAAUGGUUCUGGCUUGUAUAGCCCUGUUCUUCGCUGCCCUCACUGCUCUUGUUCUUGGGGUUUUUGUGAAGCACCAAGACACACCGAUUGUGAAGGCCAAUAAUCGAACAAACAGCUACAUCCUGCUCAUCUCCCUCAAGUUCUGUUUUCUCUGCCCAUUACUCUUCAUUGGACAUCCCAACAACACCAAUUGCAUCCUGCAGCAGAUCACAUUUGCAGUUUUGUUCACUGUGGCUGUCUCCACUGUUUUGGCCAAAACAGUUACUGUGGUUCUAGCUUUCAGGGUCACUACUCCAGAAAGAAAGAUGAGAGGGCUGCUGGUAUCAGGAACACCUAACUUCAUCAUUCCCAUAUGUACCUUAGUCCAACUUGUUCUUUGUGGAAUCUGGAUGGGAACAUCUCCUCCCUUUGUUGACACAGAUGCAGACUUGGAACUCGGCCAUAUCGUCAUUGUGUGCAACAAAGGCUCAGACACUGCCUUUUACUGUGUCCUGGGAUACUUGGGAUCUCUGGCAGUAGGGAGCUUCACGGUGGCUUUCCUGGCUAGAAACCUGCCUGACACAUUCAAUGAAGCCAAGUUUCUGACUUUCAGCAUGCUGGUGUUCUGCAGUGUGUGGGUCACCUUCCUCCCUGUCUACCAUAGCACCAAGGGGAAGGCCAUAGUGAUAGUGGAGGUCUUCUCUAUCUUGGCCUCCAGUGCAGGGUUAUUAUGUUGCAUCUUUUUCCCCAAGUGCUACAUCAUUUUAUUAAGACCAAGUAAAAAUUCUUUAAAGAGGAAGAAGAUAAAAACAUAUUGUCCAACCAACUGA